AUGGAGAGCGAUAAACAGCAUUUUCGACGUAUCUUACUGUUUUGCUACAGAGAGGGUAAAAAUGCUAUUCAAGCUAGAAAGAAAUUGACCGAUGUAUAUGGAGAAGGUGUGUUGGCAGUACUCCAGUGCCAGAACUGGUUCGCUAAAUUUCGAUCCGGCAAUUUUGAUGUCGAAAAAGCACCACGUUCGGGAAGGCCGGUUGAGGCUAAUAAAGUCGUGAUAAAGACAUUAGUUGAUGCGAAGCGGCGAAUAACAACACGUGAGAUCGGACUGAGGUUAAAUUUAUCAAAUUCAACAGUUCAUGACCACUUGAAAGUCCUGGGAUUAUCCUCGAAGCUCGAUGUAUGA